AUGGGGGUGAUGGAAAACACAAGACUUCGAGGCAAAGUCCCAGACUCCCUUUUCAGCCUUCCUCAGUUACAGACAGUUAUAUUGAGGAAUAAUCAGCUUAAUGGCUAUUUGGAUGUUGGCCCCAGCUAUAGCAACCAACUGAAAUGUAUAGAUAUGCAGAACAAUUCCAUAGACGGCUUUAUGGAACGUGGGGGAUUCCAUGUUAAAUUAAUACUUGUAGAGAAUCCAGUUUGCACGGAAAGUGAUCAAGACAAACCAUACUGCACUGUUCAGCUUGUGGACAUGUUCCCUGUGCCUCGAACAAAAAUUCUCAGCCCAAACUGUUGGUGUGCACAUCCCUACAGGGGUACCCUAUUCUUCAAGGCUCCUUCCUUCUCAGACCUUGGAAACCCAAAUAUCUAUAUGGAUCUUGAGGGUUCUCUGAUGAAAUCAUUUAAAAUUCAUCAGCUACCAGUAGAUUCACUUUCUCUGAGUAAUCCAGCUACAAACAGAGAUCAUUAUUUUAUCUCUUUCCAUGUGAUCAAGAUCAUUUUUAAUCAAACCGGAAUUUCGAAUAUUGGAUUUCUACUGAGCAACAAAACUUUCAAGCCUCCCAUCCUAUUUGGACCCUACAAUUUUAUUGGUGAAAUGUAUGGAUACUUUGCAGGAAGUAAUAAAUCGUCAAAUACCAUCAUAAUCGUCGGAGCAGCAGUUGGUGGUUCUGAAUUUACGCUUUUCAUCAAGGAGAAGAGCUCUGAGAGCUGUUUCUUGGACCGUCAUAGAAGUAGUGGUGAUGUUCCUCAGUUAAAAGGAGCCAGGACUUUCUCAUUUGAAAAAACCAAUGGUAUAGGAUCUGGUGGAUAUGGGAAGGGGAACUCUUCCGAAUGGGGAACUAGUUGCCAUCAAAGAGCCAAACCAAGGUCUACGCAAGGUGGUCACGAGUUCAAAACUGAAAUUGAGCUUCUAUCUAGGGUGCAUCAUAAAAAUGUUGUAAGCCUUGUGGGUUUCUGUUGUGAGCAAGGCGAACAAAUCUUGGUGUAUGAGUACAUUCCAAAUGGCACACUCUAUCAAAGUCUUGCAGGAUACACCUCAUCCGGAGUUUGA